CUCUGAGGCAUUGCUCCACGGUAACUGCAUUACGAUCAAGGAGAGAUACUGCAGGAGCCCUCUCAUUCCCAACUGCUUCACUGGCCUCUGUCUAUUGGGGAGUUAUCAGCACAAUAGAAGGCCAUGCAUGAUUUCAAUAAGGAUUGGAAGCUUUCAGGAAUACAAAGAAUUUACUACAACAGUUUAGUUGAGGGGCUAGGAGGUUAUGGCUCUGAGGAUGGAAAAUUUAUUUGGCCGACCAGUGUGACAAUUACUUUAGAUGGUGAUCUUGCCAUCAAAGACAGUGGCAAUCAAAAAAUUCAGAUCUUCUCUCCUGAAGGUCAACACAAGCAGACUUUUAUAUAUGGCCCCGAAACAAGCAACUGCCUUGGAGAUGUAGUGUGUACAGAAGAAGGUCUUCUACUGGUGUCCAAUGGAUAUAAGGGUAUAAAAGUUUUUUCUAAGGAAGGAGAAAUGAUCCAUCUCUUGAAGUCCUCUAAGACAGAUUGGAAACAUUCCUAUGGGCUGGCUAUACUAAACUCCAACAGCAUCGCUGUGACAGAUUGGACUGAUGGGGGAAAAGUUCACAUUGUUGGAGUGGAUUGGAGAAUGAAUGCUGUUGUGAAAACCAAUGUUGUGGAAGGUCUUCAAAGGCCAGAGCAUAUUGCCGUUAAUAAGGAUGAAGACUUGCUGGUGACAGAAGGACAACUGUUUGGACAACACACAGGUUGCUGCCUCAAGAUUAUAGACAAUGAGCGUACAAUUAAAAAAACUAUCGGACCCACAUAUGGCAACCAUUUCAAUUUUAUCAAUCCAUCUGGAGUUUGUGUGGAUGUAAAUGGCAAUUUUCUGGUAGCAGAUAAAGGCAAGAACAACGUCACUAUGUUUAAUCCAGACUCAUCUUUGGUCGCUCUAGUUGUGACACAGGACCUAGAGGGUCCCUGUGGCAUCACAGUAGCAAAGAGCGGCCUUCUAGUUGUUACUGAUUGCUACCAUCACAGUGUGAAACUGUACAAAUAUAAACAGGACAUAGCAUUAUAAAGCGUAUAAUCCCGCUACUGAGAAUGUAAUGCCUAAACAAUAGGUAAGAGUGAAUAGAAAUAGGAGUAGAAAUAGAAAUAGGAUUCCCAGAAUGAAGAAAUAUCACAUCUGCUGCAAGAGAGGUAUGGUAUUACAUGGAGGACAUUCUAAUGUAUUGUCAGCUAUGCAAUACAGUAGGUGGCUGAAAGGAGUCUGCCUCUGUUCAUUAGCUUGUCUUAUGGUACGCUUACACACUCGGUUUUGCAGUUUUUGUAUAAAAUGGUACCUUCGAUUUUUGGUGCUUGGUGGAAGGAUUCUUCUAUCCACAUGACAAUAGGAGGGAUCCAUAGCACACAGUAAUCAGUGAUAUGAAUGAUUAAU